AUGGCUUCUUCAGCUUUGCCCGACAUAAGUGAGAAGGUCAUGGACUCUGCAUAUUCGAAUACACCAAACGGCCUAGAAGAGAAUAUGGAUGCUCGUUAUCGUCCCUAUGUUCAAAGCGGAUUUGGAGGCAUUAUCGCUUCGCCUUACGUUGCUGGGGCCGCCGUUUUGAGCACGGUUGGCGGACUUCUGUUCGGGUAUGACCAAGGCGUAGUCUCCGUCGUUCUUGUCAUGGACAGCUUCGUUCUGGACUUUCCUCGUAUAGGCCCCCAUUCUAGCGGAUUUUGGAAGGGUAUUUUGACGGCUAUGAUCGAGCUUGGGGCAUUCUUCGGUGCUUUGAAUCAGGGUUGGAUUGCGGACAGAUACUCGAGGAAAUACUCUAUAAUAAUCGCUGUGAUCAUAUUCCUCUUUGGCAGCAUUUUACAAACUGUGGCUGUCAACUUCAACAUGCUCAUUGUUGCCAGACUAGUGGGAGGCAUCGGUAUUGGGAUGCUAUCAAUGGUUACGCCCAUGUAUAUCUCGGAAAUCGCUCCACCGGAGAUUCGUGGUGUAUUACUCGUCAUGGAGGAGCUUUCGAUUGUUGUAGGUAUCGUCGUCGCUUUCUGGAUAACCUUCGGCACAAGAUAUCUAGGUGGCGAGUGGGGCUGGCGCCUUCCUUUCUUUAUACAAAUCGUUCCUGCCUUAUUCUUGGGGGCUGGGGUGUACUUCCUUCCUUUUUCGCCAAGAUGGCUUUCUUCUAAAGGUCGCGAUGAGGAGGCUCUAAAAGUCCUUUCGACGCUGAGACAAUUGCCCGAUACUGAUCCAAGGAUUCAGGAAGAAGCACGUCAUAUACGUGACGAAGCGUCGCAUAUUCGAGAAAUUCACCUACAAAAACACGAAAAACUUAUGAAUUCAUCAAUAAAGCUCGAGCUAGCUUUGUGGAGAGAUUGCUUUGCGUCGGAUUCUAUUAAACGUACACACGUUGGUAUACUUAUGAUGUUCUUCCAACAAUUCGUCGGUAUAAAUGCCUUAAUUUACUAUUCUCCCACUCUGUUUGCUAGAAUGGGCCUGGGGUCGGAAAUGCAACUUAUAAUGUCGGGCGUUCUAAAUAUUUGCCAGCUUGUUGGUGUAGUCUCUAGUCUGUUUACGAUGGAUCGAUAUGGAAGAAGGCCCUUAUUGAUGAUAGGCUCGCUUUUUAUGACUAUUAGCCAUGUUAUGAUAGCCAUAAUGGUCUGUCUGUUUUCCUAUAACUGGCACGCCCACCAAGCAGCUGCCUGGGUUAGUGUAGCAUUUCUGCUCUUCUAUAUGGUGGCCUUUGGAGCAUCCUGGGGUCCUGUUCCUUGGGCAAUGCCAUCAGAGAUCUUCCGAAGCGAUCUUCGUGCAAAAGGCGUCGCUCUAAGCACCUGCUCUAAUUGGCUGAACAAUUUCAUCAUUGGUCUGAUCACGCCGCCGCUAGUAGUAUAUACGAAUUGGGGAGCAUAUGUUUUUUUCGGGGGUUUUUGUGCGCUAUCUGACUUCAAUACCGUCAAGAUGUUAGAAGCCCGCCUCGAACAAGCAGACCUCCUCAAGAAGGUUGUCGACGCCAUCAAAGAUCUCGUUCAAGACUGCAACUUCGACUGCAAUGAUUCAGGAAUUGCGCUCCAAGCUAUGGAUAACUCGCACGUUGCGCUCGUAUCGAUGAUGCUAAAGGCUGAAGGAUUUUCUCCUUACCGAUGUGACCGUAAUGUCGCCCUUGGUGUCAAUCUCACUUCUCUCACAAAGGUUCUGCGAGCUGCACAAAACGAGGAUAUUCUCACCAUCAAGGCCGAGGAUGCACCAGAUGUUUUGAACUUGGUAUUUGAGAGCAGUGAAAGCGAUCGAUUGAGCGAAUAUGAUUUAAAGUUGAUGGAUAUCGAUCAAGAACAUUUGGGUAUCCCUGAUACAGAAUAUGCGGCAGUCAUCAACAUGCCAAGUUCGGAGUUUAAGAGAAUCUGUGUCGAUCUUAUGGCUUUGUCCGAGUCUGUGUCAAUUGAGGCUUCAAAAGAUGGUGUUAAGUUCUCCUGUGCUGGUGACAUUGGCAAUGGUGCUGUCACCCUUCGCAGCCAUAGCAAUAUGGACAAGCCAGAUCUCAACGUCGAUAUCGAGCUUACCGAACCGGUCUCCUUGACCUUCUCCCUCAAAUACUUGGUCAACUUCUGCAAGGCUGCUGGUUUGUCUAAGUCUGUCAAACUUUGCUUAUCCAAUGAGGUUCCUCUCUUGGUGGAAUACCAGCUUGCCGGAAGCAGUUACUUGAGAUUUUACUUGGCACCAAAGAUUGGUGAUGACGAGUAG